UUUUGCUGCUUGAAGGCGGAAGCAGAAAAAUAUUUCCCCGCGCGCUUCCGGGUUCCGCCUCGCGUAAAUCUGACCGUCUGAUCUGUUGUUACCGGAGCUUCACCGGCGCUUUUACCGCUUGAGAUGGCUGCUCGGUUACCCGCUUGUGUUGUGGAUUGUGGCACAGGGUACACUAAACUGGGAUAUGCUGGAAACACAGAACCGCAGUUCAUCGUUCCGUCAUGCAUCGCCAUUAAAGAGUCGGCGAAGGUGGGCGAUCAAGCCCAGAGGAGGAUGAUGAAGGGAGUCGAUGACCUGGACUUUUUCAUCGGAGACGAGGCCAUCGAUAAACCCAACUACGCCACAAAAUGGCCGAUCCGGCAUGGAAUCGUGGAGGAUUGGGAUCUGAUGGAGAGAUUUAUGGAGCAGGUGAUCUUUAAAUACUUGAGAGCUGAACCUGAGGACCAUUACUUCCUACUGACUGAACCUCCAUUAAACACGCCAGAAAACCGCGAGUACACGGCCGAGAUCAUGUUUGAGUCCUUCAAUGUGCCGGGACUCUACAUCGCUGUGCAGGCGGUUUUGGCUCUGGCUGCUUCAUGGACAUCUCGUCAGGUCGGUGAGAGAACACUCACAGGAACCGUCAUCGACAGCGGAGACGGAGUUACUCACGUCAUUCCAGUGGCAGAGGGUUACGUGAUUGGCAGCUGUAUUAAACACAUUCCCAUCGCAGGUCGUGACAUCACGUAUUUCACACAGCAGUUACUGAGGGAGAGAGAAGUGGGCAUCCCACCCGAACAGUCGCUGGAGACUGCCAAAGCCGUCAAGGAGCGCUUCAGUUACGUGUGUCCUGACCUGGUGAAGGAGUUUAAUAAAUACGACACAGACGGAUCUAAAUGGAUCAAACAGUACACUGGCAUCAACGCUAUCAGUAAGAAAGAGUUCACCAUCGAUGUGGGAUACGAGCGCUUCCUGGGACCCGAAAUAUUCUUCCAUCCUGAGUUUGCUAAUCCUGAUUUCACUCAGCCAAUCUCUGAGGUGGUUGAUGAGGUCAUUCAGAACUGUCCAAUCGAUGUGCGUCGUCCACUCUAUAAGAACAUUGUUUUGUCGGGCGGUUCCACCAUGUUCCGUGACUUCGGCCGUCGUUUGCAGAGAGAUUUGAAGAGAACGGUGGAUGCUCGUCUAAAACUUAGUGAGGAGCUCAGCGGAGGAAAACUCAAGCCCAAACCAAUCGAUGUCCAGGUCAUCACUCAUCACAUGCAGCGAUAUGCCGUGUGGUUUGGAGGAUCUAUGUUGGCAUCCACUCCGGAGUUCUAUCAAGUGUGUCACACCAAGAAGGAUUAUGAAGAGAUCGGUCCGAGUAUCUGCCGCCACAAUCCUGUGUUUGGUGUCAUGUCCUAAACACACACACACACACACUCAUUGGUGGUCAGAUGCAGAAAUUAGAAAUAGUUUUUCAAUUUCUGGUCUUCAGAGUAAAUGUGAUAAAUAGUUGUCAAAACCACAACAAGCAUUUUCUUGUGUUUUUGUUGAUUUGAUCGGAUGUAAACAACUGAAACGGCUUCAGUCUGGUGUGAAUGUGUGACAGUAACUGAUUCAUGAUGAAGACUGGACUGACAUCAUCAUCAUCAUCAUCAUCAUCAUCAUUACUAUUAUUGAGAUGUAAAGAAUCACAAAUUGAACUGUGUGUGUGCGGAUACUUCCUGGCUCUCUCGUUUUUUUAAUGUUUCAUGAGUCACUGUUGAGGAAGAAUGUUUCCCAACUUUGAUUCUGUCCAAUCUGUCAAAUUUGUGACUAAAAGAAAGUGUUAGAAAAAAAAGAAGAAAAAAAAAACAUAUACUGGAUUUUCUAAAUGGCGUUUAAAAUACUCAACUGCUUUUACCUUCAAAUGUCAUUUAUUCAUUUUUGGAAAUCAAUACUAUGAAUUAGAGCUUGAGUGGAAUGAUGACUGUAGCAGUAUUACCAGCAGAGAGAAGAUUGUUUUGAUCAAUUAAAGGCAGAUGACACAUGUGGGUUGGAUUUAUAAGUGUAAAAACAUUCCAAUAAAUGCUCAUGGUUUCUAAUGAA